GCCGGGGGGGAGGAGGAGGCGGAGCAGGAGGCGAGCCGGAGCCGCCGCCGCCAACGCCGCCGCCGCCGCCCGAGCAGGACAGAGCGCGUUGCAGCCCCGUGCGUCCGGCCGCCGCCCGUGCCCAUCCAGCAGCCGCGCCGGAGCCACACCGCGGGACAGCCCCGGCCGCGGCGCGCCCCGGCCCGGCCGGCCCAGCCCAGCCCAGCCCAGCCCAGUCCCGGCACCGGGCGGCCCGGCGGCCGGCCCGCCCCCGAGGGCGCCGGGCGCGGCGAGAGGAUGCCGAAGCCGACGCUACUGCUGCGCGGGGGCUGGGAGCGCGAGCGCAGUCCCGGGGACUCCGAGCUGGGCCGCCAGUUCCGGGACUGGUGCCUGCGCACCUACGGCGACUCGGCCAAAACCAAGACGGUGACACGCAGCAAAUACCAGCGGAUCACCGAGGUCCUGCAGGGCGGCGGCGGGACCGGCGCGGGCAGCGGCCCGGCGGCCGGCGAGAAAGGCAAGUUCCAGUUCUGGGUGCGCUCCAAGGGCUUCCGCCUGGGCAGCGGCCGGGAACCCAAGAUGGGCCAAGUGGUGUAUGUGCCGGUCAAGACGGGCUCGGGGGCAGAUGGCCUGUCGGAGCCGGAGGGCAUCUCUCUGAAGCGGGUCGCUGUGGUGGAAGAUUUCUUUGACAUCAUCUACUCAAUGCAUGUGGAGAGCUCAGCGGAGCCAGGCAAAGCCCCCAAGCACGCUGGGCAGAAGAAAACCUACCGAGCGAUUGCAGAGACAUACGCCUUCCUUCCACGAGAGGCUGUGACCCGGUUCCUGAUGAGCUGCACUGAGUGUCAGAAGAGGAUGCACUUUAAUUCCAACGGCCUGGAGCCCAAAGAAAACGAGCCUCCCUCUCCUCUGGUCUCCGGGAUCAUUGACUACAACAUGCCCCUCACCUCCACGUACCUGAAGCAGAUGAAGUUGCGCGUGAUGAAUUCCCAGGAGCAGGAUGAGACUUCUGUGAGCAGUGAAGAUUUUGAUAUGAACGACUCCACAUGGAUGUCAGCUGACCCACACCUGGCCUCCAGCCUGAGUCCCAGCCAGGACGAGAGGAUGCGGAGCCCACAGCACCUCCACAGCCAAGAGGACGACGACUCCUCCUCUGAGAGCGGCAGCGGCAAUGGCUCCUCCACCCUGAACCCGUCCACGUCGAGCAGCACGCAGGGCGACCCCGCCUUCCCCGAGAUGAACGGCAACGGCGCCGUGGCCCCCAUGGACUUCACGGCCGCCGCCGAGGACCAGCCCAUCAACCUGUGCGACAAGCUCCCGCCGGGCACGGCCCUCGGCACGCCCGCCUACCCCGCGGACGGCUGCGGCCCAGACGGACUGCGGAGCCGCGUCAAGUACGGCGUGAAGGCCACCCCCGAGUCCCCCCCGUACAGCUCAGGAAGCUACGAUUCCAUCAAGACCGAGGUCAGCGGCUGCCCCGAGGACCUGACCGUGGGCCGGGCUCCCCCUGCAGACGAUGACGAUGACGACCACGAUGACCACGAGGACAACGACAAGAUGAACGACUCGGAGGGCAUGGACCCCGAGCGCCUCAAGGCCUUCAACAUGUUUGUGCGCCUCUUUGUGGACGAGAACCUGGACCGCAUGGUGCCCAUCUCCAAGCAGCCCAAGGAGAAGAUCCAGGCCAUUAUCGAGUCCUGCAGCCGGCAGUUCCCCGAGUUCCAGGAGCGGGCCCGCAAGCGCAUCCGCACCUACCUCAAGUCCUGCCGGCGCAUGAAGAAGAACGGCAUGGAGAUGACCAGACCCACACCUCCCCACCUGACCUCGGCCAUGGCCGAGAACAUCCUGGCAGCUGCCUGUGAGAGCGAGACGAGAAAAGCAGCCAAAAGGAUGCGUCUGGAGAUCUACCAGUCCUCGCAGGACGAGCCCAUAGCCCUGGACAAGCAGCACUCCCGGGACUCUGCAGCCAUCACCCACUCCACCUACUCACUGCCAGCCUCCUCCUACUCCCAGGACCCCGUGUACGUCAAUGGCGGCCUCAACUACAGUUACCGCAGCUACGGGGCCCUGGGCAGCAACCUGCAGCCCCCCGCCUCCCUGCAAACAGGAAAUCACAGUAAUGGGCCCACGGACCUCAGCAUGAAAGGCGGGGCCUCCACCACCUCCACCACGCCCACCCCCACGCCCUCCAGCAACAGCACCAGCAGGACCAUGCCCACCGCCCAGCUCAGCCCCACGGAGAUCAGUGCCGUGCGGCAGCUCAUCGCCGGCUACCGGGAGUCUGCCGCCUUCCUGCUGCGCUCGGCGGACGAACUGGAAAACCUCAUUUUGCAGCAGAACUGACCGGGUGGCACCUGGCGUGCACUCCCCCCCGGGAACGAGGCUGUCCCGCCCGACCCAGCUCCCGCCUCGCCAGUUGGUACAUUUCGUUUUUUGAAAGAGGUGGGAUCCCAGAGCUGUUUCUAGCCACACUCCAAGCACCUGAGACUUUGGGCACAAGGACACUUUUUUUGGAAUCUCACCACACAGGUGCUCCGAGCUGCUUGGAAGAGGCCCGGGGGCAGCUCUGGAAGGGCCGGGCUCCCGGCCGGGCGCUGGGGUCGCAGCUCUAGUUAGAUCCUCUUCGUGGGCCCUGGUGUUAGAAUCCCACUCCCAGAUAAUUACCUUUCAAGUCUUAGGUGAGCAGAAUCGCAUAUUUAUUGAGAAAAACAAAGUGGACCCUUUCUCCCUCUCCCCUUAGUAAUUUAUUUUUUUGCAAUGGAUUCUUUUGUGUUUGUACAGAUUGCCAGUCUGUGUCUGUCUGAUCAGAAGGAUGUCUCCCUGUGCCCUAACAUUCCAUAUCACUACACUGGCGAGGGCGGGCCGCAGGGCGGGCGGCGGUGGGGCAGGCGCGGGGGCCAUCCCUCUGAGCGCCCGGCACCACCAAGCAGGAGGACCUCACCCACACCCACGGCAAAGCAAAGACAAACCCACGCUCCCCUCUCCAUCUCACAGACGCCCCAGCCACGGCCACCUGUAUUCUACCUCACACUCCAGCGGGGGGCUUUUUCCAGGAUGUGCCCUGAGCCUGUUCUGAAUGGCUGUCUCCCAACCCCACACGGUGUGUGCCUAGGAUGUAAGCCCGGCCCUCCCAGCUGCCCGACAGGACAGGGCCUGGGAGACGGAGGCCGGUCAGCGGAGUCCCAACCCUCACCUGCCCAGGGAGCCGGCCGAACACUCCCCGCACAGACCCAGGCCCUCAGGCCCCUGCUGGGAGACCCUGUUUCUUCAGGGCGAGCCUCUAGGUCUCAGGCAGCCACUGGCCAGGAGAGGCUGCUGGGCUCAGUUCCCAUCCCCGGCCCCUGUGGUGGAAAUUGAGGGGCCGUCAUCCACCAGAGUAGCCACUUGGGCUCUCCUAAGACCAGCCCUUCUGGAGGGACCAGUCCUGGAAGAAGCCUCUGAUCCCUGGAGUGUGAAAGGGGCAAAAGAAAAGGCUGGCCUGGUUUCCUUCCUCCCGACUAGGCACUUCCUCUUGCUCAGUGCAAUACCUACCAGAGCUGCUAAACCAGGGAUUCGCCCAGACCUCAGCAGGCCCCCGGGCCUCUCCGUGCAACACUCCGUAGCCAUGACCGCAGCUCCGCGGCCGCCCCUGCCCAGAGCUGGCAGAAGCCCUCUGUUGCCUUUCCUCCCUCAGAGCAAAGAGGCCCGGGGCCGAGUGACCCUGGGACGGCCACUGAGAGCCACCUGACCCCAGAGUAGGUAUCCCUUCUCGAGCCAGCUUCUCCACAGCCGGCUGCCUCCCGGCACUGGCAGACCACCCUCGGGAGGGCCGGGGCGGGAGCCCGUGUGCUGUCCCACCCUGUGCCUGCUUCCAGCCCCGAGGGGCUGGGGUGGGCUUUUCUCUCUCAAGUGGCCUCCAACACCCCAUCCCACCACACCACCUCUGCCUUGCAUCCGACCCACCCCCAGGCCUCCGGUCGGGGCCAGGACACCCGAGACUCCCCCUUAGCACAGCACAAACCCCAGUGCCCACGGCCUCCCCCACACCCAGCCAUCUGCACAGCCAUCCUCCACCUGCUCAGUACACUCCCUGACGUUUUAAUUUGUGUAAAUAUUUAUUUUUGUGUGUGAACAAUAUUACAAAGUAAUCAGUAGAUCUUUUGCAAAAUGUUACCCCAGGCAAUUUGUGAAAUCUUAAUGUUAAAAACUGGCAGAGACAAUCGCCGCCUUAGAAUUCUUGGUAUCAAUUGCUUAACAUGUCAUUUCUCCUCCCAGAGGCAGUGCCCACGCCAGGCACGGACGGUUUGCUUUUCUAACAGCCAGGAGUGAGGAGGCCUGGGGAAGGGGCUCCUGCCCCACCACACACGGACUAGACCUAAAGGUCACAUAAGCUACAGUUUGAAGUCGCGCUUUUCUGAGUUUAGGCUGCCCUAGCUGAUCACCUUCAGCCCACCGAAAGCUGCGGUAAGAGCGAAGCUCCGUGUGUGUAAGAAAGGAAAGGGACGCCGGCGGCGCUGGUCCCGGCUCCCCGUGGCUCCCCGUGGCUCCCCAGGGCGGGUCUGAGGUGGGGUCCUUCCCCCUGUAGUUGCGCCAGAAGCCCUGGAGAGGGCAGCAUCGGGAGUGAGUCACUGUGUGAAACAGGAUCCCAUUAGCUAGUCCAGUCAGGGAACUUGUUCUGUUUGGCUUUUGUUUUAAAAGAUGCAGCUUCAAGCCCAGUCCCUCUCUGCCUGGCUUGGAGAGUACCUAAGAGCUGGUUCUGCUGAACCUCACUCCCACUGCCCCCUCCCCUCCUCCCAUCACCCCAGGGGCAGCCUUCUCCCGAAGCCCUCCCCAGAACCUAUUAGUCACCUGGGACCCAAAGUGUAAAAGAUAAUGCGAGUAGAACACACCGGUCCCAGAGUCUUUGCAGGGGCCUGAUCCCGAGAGGAGAGAAGGCAGAAUCCAGAGAAUGGGGAUUGGUCUUAGACCAGAAAGGGGGCGUGCCUGAAACUCAUUUACCCUCACUCUCUGACGAACAGACUGCACAUCCUAGGACAGCAGAGGGGGCAGGGGUUGGGGGGAGAGGCAGGCAGGGGGAUUAGAGGACUUCAGACAGGUGGAACCCGGCCAUCCCUAUUCCCAAGGGCCACUUACGACUCCAGGGGUGGUUACAGGAUUAACUACCAGUUCAUUUUCAAAAUGCUGCUUUGAACUCAGAGGGUUGAUACAUUUAAUUUGUAAUUUUUUGUAAAACUUUUUACAAGAUAGUAAAGUAUUUCACCAGAAUACCAGUUUCAAUCCGUCCAUGGUCUGAUUUUUAUAUAAUUUAGUGGUGCUUUAGAAACUUUGUUUUCGUUGUUUCUGGGCUAAACAGCUCAAUCCUUUUUCGCCUGUAUCUACCUAAGACCAAUGUGAACCUUUGUAUUUUUGCUCCUAAUUUUGGACUCAGUGAAAGUGUACUGUUUACAUGUACAGAUGCCCCAGCCCCGUGUGUUCUGCAGACUCGCUCUUGAGGAGGAAGGUGCACCUCACUACGCUCAUCUGCUUAGCAAAGCCACGAACAAAAACCUCUCACUUUUUACUUACGUUUCCACCUAAAAACAAAAACAAACCUACCACACACACAACUCGGAUUUACCGAAACACACUUUUCUAAGCUCAGAAAAAUCUCUGUGUAAGCAGAUGGCCCGCAUGCGCCUGCAUGUGGUCGGUUUAGAGGCAGGGCCGGGACAGAGGCCUCCCGUGUCAUCGGCGGGGACUGCACGGCAGGUGGGCAGUGAAGCAGGACUGGGCUGCACAGCGGUGGGUGGGAUGGUUCUCCCAGCAGCCUCGGUGGCAGGUGGUCAGCAGUCCUCUGGCAUCAUUCAGACGGUGCUGGGAGAGCGCCGACUCCCUACCUGGGCAAGACUGGAAGAGUCUCCAGUGCAGACAUGAAGACACUUCAAGGUUCCCCUGGAGACAUCACCUCUGGCGAGGGGCAGAGGGCUCCAGACGAUAAGCAUAUGGCACUUAAGGCAAACAAUGGAUGGCACCAACUUUUAAAGGUGACUCUUUAUUACUUAAUCAGUGGCUUCACCUCUAAAUUAUAUUUUUACAGAUAUGCACCUAUGCAACUUAACGUGGCUCUUCUAAGCAGGUGAGAACUUCCUCUUCAACGCUCUAUAAAAAUCCUUUGUGUUCUAUAUAGUGAGUUUUUCCAGUAAAUGUGGCUCAAUAUUUUAAUUCUUAGACUGUGUCUUCUCUAUGUGAUGCAACUAAAUUCUGUUUUGUUUGUGGAAUGACUAGCACAGGCCAACUCCCUCUCCCCUCACUUAACAAAAGACCAAUGAGCUGUUAAUCGAGCUGUUUCUCCAUGGUAUUACUUGCUAAAUGCACUGAUUUCAUAAGUAUGUGGAAUCCUUUUUCUUUUGAAUCUGUAUAUCAUAUAUAAGACUGAAUCUACUUAAUAAACACUGAAUAACAAACUGAA